AUGUAUGAGUGCUAUCUUUUGGGCUACUGGUGCCGUACACUUAACAAACUUAAAAUCUCGGGUCUCAAAUCAACGGAAGUCAAAUCACACAAACGAUAUAUUGACGGGAAGUGUGACUAUUGGCGCAAACAAGGCGUACGGACAGCGAGUGUCAGUCUAUGGACACGACUCACGAAACAGUGGUUCGAUUGGGAACGGGAUCUCUACGUCCGUAACGGUUUCGGUGUCUAUGAGUUGGGAAAACCGGUUCUCUAUCUCUCGGAUCCGGAACUCAUUCGCGAGGUUUUGGUCAAAGACUUCCAUAUAUUCACCAAUAGAAGGAAGUUCAUUACAGAUGACCCAAUGAUUAAUAAAAUGGUUUUCAGUGCGCGGGACUCGGAGUGGAAACGGCUUCGCACAGUAAUGUCGCCCACAUUUACGACCGGAAAACUCAAACGAAUGACUCCUUUAAUCCUUGAAUGCGUGGACACUAUGAACGACAACAUCGACAAAAUCAUCGCCAAAAAUGACGGUCAACUCUCGGCACCGGUAGACAUGAAACGAAUUACCGGAGCCUAUGGUAUGGAGGUUGUAAUACAAGUGGCUUUCGGUCGGAAAGUGUCGGCUCUGGUCGACCCAAAUAACCCUAUCAUAGAAAAUGCCCUUACGCAAUUUUUUCACAAAUUUACACUAAAUCUGAUCGACGAAAGAAAACGGGGUUUGGAAACUGAAAGUUCUGUAAAAAGGGUUGACUUUUUGCAACUAAUGUUGGAUUCAAUGAGAGAUAAUAAUGAUGAGGCGAUCGAUGGGUCCGAUGAAUAUACGGAUAGCCUUACAAACGACGAGCUAAUAGCCCAAUGUGUCCUGUUUUUAGUGGCCGGGUAUGAGACCUCUGCCACCACACUAUCCAUGUGUUUGUAUACUAUCGCUAAACACCCGGAAGUCCAACAAAAACUAUACGAAGAAAUCAAUAAAUUUCAUGAGCACCAGAAAUCAAAUGCCGAUCCGUACGAAGCGUUUCAUGCAUUGAAAUACAUGGACGCAGUCAUCGACGAAACCCUACGGCUAUUCCCUGCGGCCAUAUUCAUAGAGAGGGUGCCCACUGAGGACUACGAGCUUACGGGCACCGGUAUUACCAUCAAAAAGGAUCACGUGGUGCACAUCCCUGCCUAUGCCAUUCAUAGGGACCCGGAAUACUUUGCUGACCCGGAAGUGUUUAGACCGGAAAGGUUUCUACCCGAAAAUAUAGCCCACAAUCCUUAUACGUAUCUACCAUUUGGUGCCGGCCCUCGAAACUGUCUGGGCAUGCGAUUGGCGCAGUUGGAGAUUAAAUUAGCCCUGGUCAAUCUAGUCCAGCGUUAUAAGCCCCUGGAGUUGGGUGUGGCCGGCGGUCUUAUUAUACCGAAAUCCGUGGACUUGAGAAUUAGUGGACGAUAA